AUGGAUGCCGCACAAGAGGCACGAUGCAAGGAGAUGCUGGACCAAAUCCUCGUCAUGGUGACGAAGAUGGCGUCGGAUUUGGAGGCGUGCAAUGCGGCCUUUCGAACCGCCCCUCCAGCCUUCGUCGCCGACUCUGACAGCAGCGGGCGUGAGGUCGACGCCACCACCGGCACCGGCUACAACUCCGUCCUCGCCACCCUCCGCUCCCUCGCCUCUGCCUCCGCUUCCGAAUCCAAGGCCGCCGCUAGGUCUCUCGCGGACCACGACCCGUCUGCGGACCGCGCCUCCUCGUACAUCGUGGUGGCCGACCAGGACUCCGCAUCCGUCACUCCCUGCAUCGACCGCUUCGUCCUCGCCACUGCGCGCAGCAUCCUCUACGGUCGGGGCUUCUUCUUCACGGUGCCCUCGCGCGCCACCUCCAACCAGGUGCUCGGCCGCCCCAUCGGCAAGCACAUCUUCGGUGACAAGCUCCCGGCUAUGGCGACGACGCGGACGUUGGAGCUGACGUUGAUCUCGGCCAAGGACCUCAAGGAUGUGAACCUGCUGUCCAAGAUGGAAGUCUACGCCAUGCUGUCGCUCUCGGGCGACCCCCUGUCGCGGAAGUGUUCGAUGCAAGGUCAUGGCAGCGACGAGGUAACAACUCUCAGCCUGUGUGCUUUCUCCAUGACUGCUGUUGCUAUCAAGGGUACGCUUCACCAUGAGGAGAAUACAUCUGAGUUGCUAAGGAUCCUGAUGCUAGUAGAGCAUGUGAAACUGCUGUCAUUUGGUGCCCUGGGAAUGUCAAUAUUUGGAGUUUUUAAGGACUGGCAAGAGCAGCCAUGGCCACCUCCUAUGUUAGUGGAGAUUUUGGGCAGCCAGGUUGAGGAUAGUAUCAUUGAGCUACGACCAAAUCCUUGGCCAUCUUUUGAACACUCUGUUUCCUUGAUACAUAGAGUGAGUUACAUGCUCCUAUCAUGUGACACAAAUUUGCAGCAGCUUGGGAAUUUAACUGGGUUUUCAAUUAUAUGGGACGUAUCUAUUCUCAACUUGUUUGCUGAUCCAAGUAAAUGCAGAGUACAAAUAGCUGCAAUGAUUUGUGUGCGGAUUGUGUGGUGCUUCCCUAGUGAGCAUGUUAGUGUGGACUACUUGCUUGCUCUGUUUACUAUGAUGGCUCUGAAUUUGCAAAGAGAAAUCACCAUGGACUGGUCCAGUUCUGCAUGGUACCUGUCAUUGUAUUGGGAUAUUCAGAUGGAACAAAUGCAGAAUGAGGAUAUGAUACUUGCUCAUGAGAAGCAAUGGCAAAAUGAGAAGACAGUCUUAUGCUUGAAACCGUGGGCACUGUAUGGGCAUAAGCAGGUCACAGACCAGAAAGUUGAGCUCCGGCCUUGGCCGUCUUUCAGUUGCUAUCCAACUAAAGCUUGUGCUAAUGCAUUGAGUUAUAUUGAAGAACAGAAAGCUCUAUAUGUGCAGACUUGGAGGCUCAUAAAUGUACUGGACUGGUGCCAGAUUCACAGCAUCAAUCUAAAUCAGGUUUGCUUCAGUGAAAUUCAGCAACUGGUUGGCAUUCAUUGGAAGGAAAUUCGAAGUGAACUUCGCGACAAUGGGACACCACCUGUGCAACUAAAGAAGGCAUCCAGAGCCUAUGCUGGUGGUAUAAAAAUUCCAAUAGAUGCUGCAUUACAGACAGUUCUAAUUUUUGGAGCAGUUGGGUUCUUAUUACCAUGUGAGAACAUUGGCAGUGAAACAACUUGCUUCUUGAAUGCAUCCAUCCAACAAAUACUCCUGCAAGACAAUGAAGCCAUAGUGCAAGGAUGGCUGUCAGGGAGUGAUUUGAAGAAGGUUGCCUUAUUUGGGUGUCCCACUGUUGAGCGAAGAACGGUCUUCGCAUCAAAAAGAUUAAGAGCCUUCUUCAACCUCCAGGAAGAAAAAAUAUGCAGCAAUUGUAAACUCAGAAGUUCGUGCAAGUUUGUGAACCAGGAAGUGGCUAGGCAUAAUAAAGUGAUUCUAUCAGAUACCAUGAGAGUUAUUUCUUUGUUUGUACUGGAUGCUUGCGAGCAGCAACUCCAGGUUACUGCUGAGUUAAAAGCCAGUGUCUGCAAGCUGCUAAAGGACACCAUAAAUCUUAGCAGUUAA